AUGGCGGCGCGAAAACUACAGCAGGAAGUCGACAAGUGCUUCAAGAAGGUGGCGGAAGGCAUCGCCGAGUUUGAGUCCAUCUACGACAAGCUCGAGCAGUCCAACAACCAAGCGCAGAAGGAGAAGCAAGAGGACAACUUGAAACGGGAGAUCAAGAAACUACAGCGCUUGCGCGACCAGAUCAAGACAUGGGCGGCCAGCAAUGACAUCAAGGACAAGGCUCCGUUAAUGGAGCAAAGGCGGCUGAUAGAAACGCAAAUGGAGAAGUUCAAGGCAGUGGAAAAGGCCAUGAAGACCAAGGCGUAUUCGAAAGAAGGGUUAUCAGCAGCCGCGAAACUCGAUCCGAAAGAACAAGCCAAACUGGACGCGGGCGAGUUCCUCAGCAAUACGGUCGAUGAGCUGGAGCAACAGAUCGAGGCCCUCGAGGUCGAGAGCGAGCAAUUAUCGGCGACGAUGAAAAAGGGCAAAUCACAGCGCGACAAGGCCGAACGUAUUGCGCGGAUUGAACAGAUCAUCGAGCAACACAAAUGGCAUCAAGGCAAGCUGGAACUCAUCAGGCGGUCGCUGGAGAAUGGUGGCGUCGACACGGACCAGGUCAUGGAACUGGAAGAGAGCAUCAAGUACUACGUCGCGGAGGGCAUGAACGACGACUUUCCAGAGGACGACGGGCUGUACGACGAGCUUGAUCUCGAGGAGGAGGAGGGGGCAUUCGGCAUGACCGGCGACGACAAGAACUCAUCACAGGAUGGUGGAUCUGUGGUCAACGAGGAAGCGACGCCCGAACCCGAACCAGCGAAACCGAAGAAGCCUGUGAAAGAAAAGGAAGAGCCGCCAGCAGCGGCCACAGCAGUAGGAGGACCAGCAGCGGCGAUACGAAAAUCAUCUGCUGCGACAAGGUCUCCUCUACCGGCCCUGGCGACAUUACAUACUCCGUUACCGACAAUCAGCAAUGGAAGCGCGAGUGGGCCGGCGAUGAAGCCUGCGCAGGCGCCAGCGAGGCCGACCGAGGGACUCAAAUAUGCGUCAGCAGCAGCGGCGGCGGCAGCAAGCGAGAAGAGCAAUGUGGGCAUCGCGCCUUUACCGCCACCGCCGGGCGCACCAGGUCCCUCCUCUUUGCCCGAUGGACAGUCACGCGCGAGCGCCACGAAUUCACCCGCAAGUGCGUCGAUACAGCCCGCGCAGUAUGACUCUAAGCAAUCCACGCCAGCGAUGAUGUACGCCGAACCAGAAAUUCCCAUCACGAUAUCGACGAGGGGCAAGAAGAGCAAGGCCAAGGCCGCGGCAGCAGCUGCGGCGGCGGCCGAGGCCUCGGUGGCGGCGGCGAAGGCGCAACACACGAAUGGCCACACCAACGGCAUCAAGCCUAUAGAGGAGGAGCCGGAGGAGGAGUCCAUCUACCACCUGCCGUCCUCGCUGCAGGAUCUCGUGGACGCGUACGAGGCUACCAAGGACAACCGACCUCACCCAGCGUCCGGCGCAGCGUACGAGAUGAUGAAAGCCGCAUGGGGUACCGAGGAGGAAGACCACCGUCCAACCGCUGCCGAUGCCGAGCCGCCAACAACAUAUCAGCGCAACGACAGGGUGGCCAAGGCGGCCGCGGCGGCCAGGUUCCCCACGCAACCACUUGCGCUGUUUGGCGACCCGCGACUAUACUCUCGCAUCGACCCGGACACGCUCUUUUACGUGUUCUACUACCAGCAGGGGACGCCGUAUCAGCUGCUGGCCGCGCAGUGGCUCAAGCACCACGCGUGGCGAUUCCACAAGCAGUACCAGACCUGGUUUCAGCGCCACGAGGAGCCUAAGAGCAUCACGGAGGACUAUGAGCAGGGGACUUAUCGCUUCUUCGACUACGAGAGCACGUGGAUGAACCGUCGUAAGGCCGACUUCAAGUUCGUCUACAAGUUCCUCGAGGAUGACUAG